AUGUUCAAAAAAAUUUCACCAGAGUAUUAUGAAAAUUUAACUAUUCCUAAAUGCAAAAGAAUUGUUCGGCCUUUAGUAUCUAAAAUUCAUGCUCUCAAUGAUUUGAAUGGUAAAUAUCCAUCAAUAUUGGAUUUCAAUUUCCCAUUAAACGAUACUUGUUUACAAGGUUUACUAAGCAAGAAAAAUAGAAACCAUGACUCUAACGGAAAACACAUUGAUAAUCAACCUGGUCAACCCAGAAAUAAGAUUCGUAAGCUUGAAGAUCGAAAAUAUGCAAGAAGUGAUGAUUCCGAUAGCGAUUAUGAUGAAAGCUAUGAUUCACUAGAACGUCUACCUAUGAAUAAAGAUUAUUUGCCAGAAGAGAGGGAACAUAUCUCAAACAUAAAUAAGUUAAUAGAGCCUACAAGUUCGUUCGAAAGAUUAAAAUCAUUAAAACCAUAUAUUUCCGGCCAACUCUAUCAAUCAUACUAUGAUAUGUUCCUCAUAUUCAGAAAUAUUAUAAAUUUAUUAGUAUUCACAACGCAUAAAAAUAAUGAAUCAACUUCCAGUGUGCCUAGAUUGUCGUCCUUAUGUUCCUUCAAAAUUGGUAAAUUUAUGGCACUUUCCACAAAGCCUACUUACUAUGAAAUGAAUCAAUCCUUAUUAUUCGAUCCUAAUACAAUUCCUUAUCAUCUCCGAGAAUAUCAGGAUAUUCUUUCAGAUGAUAUAGAUGAAUGGUUGGAAAUGCAGCCCGAGGUCGUAACUUAUACUUAUAGAAUUGAUUUAUUAAUUGGAUAUGUAAUACAUUUGCUAGUCAUAAACCUGGACCUGACAUUGUAUUUGUUAAUACCUAUAUUAAUACAUUGGCUAAAUGAAGAACUGGAAAGAACCGGUAACGCAAUGCUACAAUCAAUAUCGAGAAGUUUCUUUCCAGAAUAUUGGACUUAUGGGCCAGAUUAUUUUGAUAGUACCGGAUUUGACAAUAUAGUCAAUAUUCUUAAUGCAACUCAAAACAGGGAUCGAAAUCUAAACAUAUUUUGGACAUUUCAUAAAAUAGGCUAUUGGAGAAUUCUAAUCAAUUCUUUCGGUUCUGAAUCUACAGUUACGAGUUCCGACUCCUAUGAAAUUUUAACACUUGAUACUAUAUCCUUGAAUAAUAAAUUAAGUCUUCAAAUAUUAAUGAAUCUUGAUACAGCCUAUGAUACUAAUGAUCCUCAUGAUUUUUUGCAUGAUAUUUAUCAGAUGAUUAAGAAGAAUCCCCAGCAUCCGCAAGUAAACAAUAUUUUAAUUUUAAUUAUCACUCAACUAAUAUCAAGCACUAGACUCAAUAUUAAACAGUGCCUGGCAAGUCGCGAUAUCCUAAAUUGCUUGCAUUUUGCGUACGACAAUGUUAUUUUCUUCGUACAUACGUGGCUCUCGCUACCUGUCAAGGAAGAGUUUCUUGUUUUUAAUUCAUUAUAUCCUGGUAAUAAUGAAAUUUUUCAUGCACUUAUUAGUUUUACUGAUUUCCAAGUACGUCAGUGUGAUAUACUAUUUCUGAAUCAGGCUAAGUCUGAGAGUACGUUCUUUUCAAAGAUUAACACAGAUGGAAGCUUUACAGUCGACUUAAGAAUGAUUAGAGACAACCUACGCAUACUAAACAGAACGCUUGAACUUCUAAAAUUAUAUUAUCUAGACACGAUCGAUGCUUUCACGAUAGAUCCGCAUAGUGUUGAGGAAAUCAGCUCUUUCAUACUAUUAAUUCAAAACUCCAAACUAAGCCCUUCGAAUGUUAAAGAAUUUCCGCUUUGUAACAAUAGCUAUAACGAUCUUUUAGUAUGGUUAUUCGAUCAACAGGACCCAACGCUACUUCAAAUCUCACAAUUGUGUUUCCGAAAAUAUUAUGGGAAUAGGGCUUGGUUUAAAGAUGUCCUGAUUGAUGACCUUUACUGUAUACUCUUCGAAACGGACACAAUUACCAGUUCCAGUAGCGAAGAAAUCGAUGAUUCCAGGCUAGAUAAUUCUGAUGGUGAUAUUGAUAAUGAUGAUGAUAAUGAUACAGAUGGACAAUCUAAUUCGCUGGUUUGGUAA